CUUGCGGUUGAAAUCCCUCAGCCAUCCCGGGGGAAACAGCAGAACAUUUAUUCACUGCCACUUCAGAAACUGUCACUUUAACUUACAGCCCUGAUGUCGAGCUCGACUUGAACUGAGUGCAUGGAGAUUUGAUUCCUUCUCGCCAUCUCUUUAUGGAGAUUAUUAAAGUGGAGAGCUGCGGAAUCCAGCGCCUCGUCCAGCACAGCAGAUCGGUGCUCAGGCUAUUAGUCUAACUGCUCUACAUGCAUUACGCGGGGACUCCGUGUUGCAAGUGUAACUUAGACUCUUGCACGACUUUUAUUCUUUAUUAUUUGUUGGAUGUGCAUACGAGGUGACACCAUGUCGGCUUUGAGUAGUAUUCGGACGUUAGUUAAAUGUUACCGCUGUAGUUUACAACAUAUUUAUUUAGAAUGUGAAGUUAUUUUAAUAAUCAUUUAAUGGACUGUUCUGUGUACAGACAUUUUAUAUAUAUGAAUAUUAAUAUACCAUAUUACUGCCUUUUUGAGCCUGUUGUAAAACUGGUCAGCAGUUGAUUGUGUGUACCUGUUGAUAAAACAUUUCGACUUUCAGUGGUACAUACGCAUAUAACAUUAUUGGUAAUACUUAGAGUACAUAAAAUAUAGUAUACAACUAAUAUUCCUUACAAUGUAAAUGCUUCUUCAUUAAGCCUGAUGGAUGCUAAUAGAUUUGCACGCUUUCACCAUGGGGUGCAUGCAAAGUGCGGACACAAAUUUUUAUGAGAACAUCAGAGUCCUCGAACUGAACACCUCUAUUGAUUCAAAUCCCACUGUCAUUGACGAGUCGUCCAAUGUUGUACUCAGAUACCAUACACCCUACUUUAGAGCUGCUGCCCGGGUGCAGGUGCCACCAGUGGCCCGUAAAGAAAUUUGGACAGUGGGCUGGAUCCAGGCAUGCAACAAAAUGGAUUUCUUCAAUUACUAUGGCAAAGAAGGAAUAUCAAGCUGGGAGAUCCCUGAGCUGAAAGAUGGGCACAUCCAGGCCAUCAGUGAUUCAGAUGGAGUGAACUACCCAUGGUAUGGCUGUACAACUGAGAUGUACACCAUUGUAGGGCCCACCAAGAGGAGCACCAUUCUUACUGUGAGCAUGAAUGACAAUUUCUGCCCCAGUGUGACAUGGAGUGUCCCUACCAGGUUGACCAGUAUCCCCCCACUUCUGAGCUCCAUCCAGAGGGACCAGCACUUCACAACUUGGCUGGUGGCCAUGAAUGAGUCCUCAGCUGAGAUGGUACUGCUCAGGACCAUCCGAUGGAGGAUGCAGUUCGCUAUUGAGGUGGAUCCCAAGAAACCUUUGGGACAGAGAGCUCAGCUUAUGGAUCACCUUGCACAGGAACAGCCGGAGAUCUUGCCUACAAAUGAACCCAUCCCACCUAAUGCCUUGGUCAAGCCCAGUGCUAAUGAUGCCCAGGUGCUAGUUUGGAGACCUAAAAGAGGGGAGUCGGUUGUGGUCAUUCCCCCUAAAUACUCAGUGGCAAGAAAAUAAACACUUGAACCUCAAGCAAUACAUUUUAUAUUUAUUGAUCUUUUAUUGGACACUCAGAAAUUAACAGCACACUACAUUAAUGUUUUUUUCAGUAAACAGAAUUUUGUAUGCAUGCAGUUCUGUGAAAAGGAAUGAGUAUUCAUGUCUGUUGUCAUUUAUAAUUACAGAGGGGUAGUGAAAUAAUUGAUAAUUUUAUCAGUGAGGUGUGGUCUAAAAUUUUAAAGCAGAUCCAUUAGAGUACAUGCUGCCCUUAGAUUUUAAUGCAUGUAGAACAAUGAUGUAUUUAACAGUUGGUGUGAAAAGCAUCUGUGCACAGGUGGUCAACUCACUUAGGUUAGUGCUAAAUGACAUCUCAGAUUUAUAACAAUGACUGUGUGAAAA